UAUAAGUCUCAACUCUUGCGAUGUUGAUCAUGUAAUGUAAAACCCUCUCUCUCUCUCUCUCUCUCUCUCUCUCUACUUUGCUUUGCAAUGGGGGCUCUUGACUAUCUCUCUAACUUUUGCACUGUCACCAGCACAAGGAGAAGAAGCAAACGCAAACCAAUGCAGACAGUUGAGAUCAAAGUGAAGAUGGACUGUGAUGGCUGCGAAAGAAGAGUUAAAAAUGCUGUCACCUCUAUGAAAGGUGUGAAAACUGUGGAGGUAAUCCGAAAGCAAAGCAGGGUGACAGUGAGUGGUUAUGUUGAUCCGAACAAGGUCUUAAAGAAAGUAAAGAGCACAGGAAAGAGAGCUGAGUUCUGGCCAUACAUCCCAUACAACUUAGUUUAUUAUCCUUAUGUCUCUCAAGCCUAUGACAAGAAGGCACCUUCUGGCUAUGUUCGAAACGUUGCUCAAGCCGUGCCGGCCGGAAUCAACCCCCCAGAGGAGAGAUUUACUUAUCUCUUCAGUGAUGAUAACCCUAAUGCUUGUUCUGUCAUGUGAGGAAUGUUAUUUCAUGAUGAUGAUGAGUUUGUUGAAAAAAUGAAGGGAAAAACUGGUUUAGUUUUUGAAGUUUUUUAUUACAUGCAUGAUCUCUUGCAACUGAGGUUGAGUGAACAUGAUGCUUUUCUUUUGUUUAAAAUGUGUGUUUUAGUAAAUACAAAGUGAUGGUUUGUUAGUG